UCUCUCCAAACCCCACCUGUACAACUCUCGCUCUCUCGCGUACACAUUCAAGAACACGUUAAACCAAAGAGUAGAGAGAAAGAGAGGCUCUCUCUCCUUGACUGCAUUUUCCGUUGCAUUCUCUUGAGUAUUCUUGCGAGCCAAACAGCCUAAGUUGUAUCAACUCCAUUGCUGGGUUCUUCUGACCCAGGUCGCAAAUCAGGAGGAGAAACUGAUUAAAAUGCAAUCCAGCAACAUCAAAGUAUCUCCAUUCGAUUUGAUGACUGCGAUCUUGAAAGGAGGAAAGCUUGACCAGACAAACAUGUCGUCAGAUGCCGGAGAGACCUUGUCGCCGGCGGUGGCGAUGCUAGUGGAGAAUAGGGAGCUGAUUAUGAUUUUAACCACAUCGGUUGCUGUCUUGAUUGGAUGCGCCGUCGUAUUGAUUUGGAGAAGGUCGUUCGGACAAAAAUCAGCUCAAACAGUGGACCCGUCUAAGUUCGUGGCUCCGAAAAUUGAGCCGCAGAUCGACGUUGAUGAUGGGAAGAAGAAAGUUACUGUGUUUUAUGGAACACAGACCGGUACAGCUGAAGGGUUCGCGAAGGCACUUGCUGAGGAAGCGAAUGCUCGAUAUGAAAAGGCAACUUUCAAAGUGAUUGAUAUGGAUGACUAUGCGGCUGAUGAUGAAGAAUAUGAGGAGAAAUUGAAGAAAGAGACUUUGGUGUUUUUCUUUUUAGCUACAUAUGGAGAUGGUGAGCCGACUGACAAUGCGGCAAGAUUCUACAAAUGGUUUGCUGAGGGAAAAGAGAGAGGGGACUGGCUCAAUAAUCUUCAGUAUGGUGUGUUUGGCCUUGGCAACAGGCAAUACGAGCAUUUCAAUAAGAUUGCAAAGGUGGUGGAUGAGCUUGUUAGUGAGCAGGGUGGUAAGCGGGUUGUUCCACUGGGUCUUGGAGACGAUGAUCAAUGCAUGGAAGAUGACUUCAAUGCAUGGCGAGAAUUGGUGUGGCCCGAGUUGGAUCAGUUGCUGAGGGAUGAGGAUGAUACAACUGUUGCUACUCCUUACACUGCCACUGUUUCGGAAUAUCGAGUUGUGUUCCAUGAUCAACCAGAUUCAUCACUACUGGAGAAUGGCUUCAGUAAAACAAAUGGUCAUACUGUUUAUGAUGCUCAGCAUCCAUGCAGAGCUGAUGUUGCUGUGAAGAAGGAGCUUCAUACCCCUAAAUCUGAUCGCUCUUGCACUCAUCUAGAAUUUGACAUUUCUGGCACUGGACUUUCAUAUGAAACUGGGGAUCAUGUUGGUGUCUACUGCGAGAAUUUCAUUGAAACAGUGGAGGCAGCUGAAAGGUUAAUUGGUUUACCACCAAAUACUUAUUUCUCCAUUCACACCAAUAAAGAGGAUGGCACCCCACUUGGAAGCUCCUUGCCACCUCCCUUCCCACCCUGCACUUUAAGAGCAGCACUGACUCGAUAUGCUGAUCUUUUGAGCUCUCCCAAAAAGUCUGCUUUAGUUGCUCUUGCUGCUCAUGCUUCUGAUCCAAAUGAAGUUGAUCGAUUAAGACAUCUAGCAUCUCCUGCUGGAAAGGAUGAAUAUGCACAGUGGAUAGUUGCAAAUCAAAGAAGCCUUCUUGAGGUCAUGGAAGAAUUCCCAUCGGCCAAACCCCCACUUGGAGUUUUCUUUGCAGCAGUUGCAUCACGCUUGCAGCCCAGAUACUAUUCUAUCUCCUCCUCGCCAAGAAUGGCACCAUCAAGAAUUCAUGUCACUUGCGCAUUAGUUUAUGAGAAAACACCUACAGGACGAAUUCACAGGGGAGUUUGUUCAACUUGGAUGAAGAAUGCCGUGCCUUUGGAGGUAAGCCGUGAUUGUAGCUGGGCUCCCGUUUUUGUCAGGCAAUCAAACUUCAAACUCCCCACUGAUACCAAAGUUCCUAUUAUCAUGAUUGGCCCUGGCACUGGAUUGGCUCCUUUUAGGGGCUUCCUUCAGGAAAGAUUAGCUCUGAAGGAAGCUGGAGCAGAACUGGGGCCUGCCGUAUUAUUCUUUGGCUGCAGGAACCGCAGAAUGGACUACAUCUAUGAGGAUGAGCUAAACACCUUUGUUGAAACUGGUGCUAUUUCUGAGCUCAUUGUUGCUUUCUCACGUGAUGGACCCACUAAAGAAUAUGUGCAACAUAAGAUGGCGGAGAAGGCUUCGGAUAUCUGGAACAUGAUUUCCCAGGGAGCGUAUAUUUAUGUAUGUGGUGAUGCCAAAGGCAUGGCCAGGGACGUCCACCGAACACUUCACACCAUUUUGCAAGAACAGGGGUCUCUAGACAGCUCCAAGGCUGAGAGCAUGGUGAAGAAUCUGCAAAUGACCGGGAGGUACCUGCGAGACGUGUGGUGAUUAUUCUUUCAAUGCUUCCCUCCCUAAAGAUAGAGAGAUUGGAAAAUUCAUAAAUUUAUACUUGCUGAGGCCAACUUACUGGGAUGAAAGAAAUAUGUAGAAAGUUGAAGUGUGAGAGACUACUGACCACCUGCUGCCAGACUUAAAGUGGAAAUUGUGGGUGUUGUGUCAUUUAUUUAUUUCUUGUUUGAAGGAUUUUUUGGUUCUUGUAAUUUAUGUAUGCAAUAUAUAUAUGAAUAAUAGUAGUAAUAAUAUUGGGCAUAGUUUCUGGACUUUGUAAUUUUCAUCUAGUGAGCAGUCAAAGAUGGUUCCUAAAUGUUCUGACCAAACUCAUGUUGAUUUUGGACUCUAUAUGUAGCCUUAAUUCAUUUGGAAAUUGAAAGAGUGCUUACUGAAAGACUCUCUCAGCUGCUUUGGCU